AUGAGGAACUCGAGUACAUUCCCCUCUCCGAACGCCUUCGGACUAAAUGUUUGAUCAUCUUCUCGACAACAUUUAAUUUCUAAAAAUCUAGCCGGGAAUAAUGUUUUCCUAUUUUAUUUUUCUGGUCGCCUCCUCAGUUACUUUUCUGUGCACCCACCAAGUGUCCAGUCGAGGUUCUAGCUGCACAGAGUAUCCUGUGUUUACUCCAUCUGCACUGGUAGUGAAGUACGGCGACCCAGCCAAUGUUACAUGUGAUGUAUGUCAGAAGGACUGCAGUGGAGAUGUCUUUGGUUUGGAGCACGCUGUGGGAAAUGUUACAAAAAAUGGAACCACGAUGUUCUGGACAGUUGACAGACUGACUGAAUGGGAAAUAUCUCUACUGUGCUUUUAUACCAGUAAUCAGUGUACUAGCAUUCUGAAUCCAACUCUUUAUCAGCCUCCAGAAAGUGUCUCCAUCAGCUUUGUAAACCACACUGAGAUGAUGUUUGAGAAUCAGCAGUACACCCUGCAGUGUAGCGUACAGAACGUAGCUCCUGUUCAAAACCUCACUGUGACCUUCUACAGAGGAAACACAGCACUGGGUCACCUACAGUCCAGGAGUAAACAAAAGAAACCAGUGAGUGAGACCUUCACUCUGAACAUCACCCCCAGUAGAGAAGAUGAUGGAGCCCAGUACUGGUGUGAAACCAAGCUGGAGCUGGGACCAGCUGGACCACAGCGCCCUCCAGUGGUGACAUCAGAAAAACUCAAUGCUACAGUCUAUUUUACUACCACAACCAGAAAGCCAGAACCUACAACCACCAAAUCAACAACAAGCUCAACCACAACGACAACAGCGACCACGACAGCAGUAAUUGCACAAGCAAUCACUACACCACAGAGCAGCGCCAACAGAAUAUUAACUCACAGCUUCAUGUGUUUAAUGCUUCUGCUCUCUGCUCUCAUCUGAUUUCAUAUCAAAAGAUUGGAUGAGCCUAUUAUAACAAUGAAUGUAAUUAGAUCAUAGCAAAUACUUCAUUCAUUUUCUGUAUAGCUUCUUAGCUUUAAAGGCAGUGAAUGAGCAGUAUUUAAAUGAGUUGUUUUCUAUAUAUGCACACACAUAACGAACUAAGGCGAGUAGUUAGAGUUGCUUUCUUUUAUUUGGACCAUUAGAGUCGUUUACAGCUGUGCUAGAAACACCAACAAGCUGAUGUUUCUCAGCUUGUAGUGUCGCUCUGGGAUGCCAUCCUCAUUUUAAUUCAUUAGAAAUUAAACACCUUCAUUUUUCUAUAAAUAAGAACACGUCCAUUCUGACAGUGUUCACAUUUAUAAUCUAUUUGUUUUACAAACAAAUGAGGAGCAGCAGAAAUACAAGUUCAAUCUCAUAAUUUUGUCUUUAGUUUUCCCUUUGUGCACAUUCUCUCAGUCGACUUUAAUCUCUGGCAUGAUCGCAGGAGAAAAAGUAAUAUUUUACUCUAAGAACAUAGUACAUUUAGAUAUUUAAUCAUAAAUAACACUGCAGGGAAAUGUUUUCAUUUGAGCUGUCGAUGGUCUUUGAUGAGGUCACAGCAUUACCAAAGUUGCAACAAAUCAUUUCUGCCAGAGGAAAGUCGGGAUCAGUCUGUGCAUUAAUCCUGCGAGGAUCAUGAAUGCCAAACUGGUGACCAAACAGUGCGACAUUGGACCCAUAUACCACAGUGCUGAUUUGUAUAUAAAUGCACAUUAUACAUUUUGUUUUGCGUUAAUGCUUUAUUCACUGACAGCCACUAUAACAGAUCUUCCUGUAUAGUGGUCUUAGACACCAGUCUUAGCUUCCUUCUAUAUAAUGAAACAUAUGAUCUAAAAAUGGCUUUAAUCGCAGAAUUCUGUUUUAUGUGUGUAUAUUGAUUUUUCUAUGUAUGUACACCAAAUAUGAACCAAAAUAAAGUUGUUGAUUUUUUUAAUGUAAA